AAGGGAAAACGAGAAGAGACAAGCGGUGAAAGUGGUCCAAGCAGCUGAAACUCACGGCGAUGGAGGAGGACAUGCAUCUGGCGGACGAGGGACUCUACGUCCCUAAAAUAUGCAGGCAGCGGAGUCCCUACAGCGCCCUCAAAACCUUCCCCAGCAAGCGGUCGGCGGGGAAGACGCGCUAUGAGCGACCCACCAUGGUAGACAUCCCGUUACUGGGAGGCGGCGACGGCGGAGGAGGAGGAGGAGAGCAUCCUAACCAGAAUCAGCACCAUCAGCAUCAGCAGCAGCACAUUCAGCCCCAUCAGCCGUCCCUGAUCAGCAGCAGCGAUCAUCGCCACCCGCCGCAGUGUUCCCCCGGGCCCGGCUUCCGCGUCGCCACCUCCACUUCGGCGACGUCGGCAGCCACAGCAUCCCUCGGCGGCCCGCGGAGUGUCGGUGGCGCGGCGGGGCACCAAAGCUCCAGGCACCCAGCCGCCAGCUCCGCUCUCUGUCGCGGCUCCCCGGACUGUAGCCAGGGGCUCAGCGCAGAGAACCGGCUCAUCCUGGACGCCUUUGCACAGCAGUGCAGUCGCGUCCUCAGCCUCCUGAAUGGUGGCGGGCAGCUGCUGGACCCCCGGCCGUACGCCUCGACGUCAUUCAUGUCCCAAAUCAAGCAGGAGGAAGCCGGAUAUGUUGAGAGAGAGCAGCCAGAGGGGCCCAGCCACUCCGAUAAGAUGGGGCCUGCAGAGGUGGAGACGUCAGAGGCGGGGCUGGAGGCUGAGCCUCCUCACAGCCAUCGGAGGCAGCAGCAGACCUCGGCCAUCCUGCACGCCUUCACCGAGUCGCUCUAUGGCUACCUGACGGCCAGCUCCCGGCCCAAACCCGGCUACUGCCACCCCGCUGACCCGGACAUCCUCCCUUCCUCUCCAUCCCACACCCUGGGCGGAUGGACCUCGCCCACAACCUCGGAGUCUCACGGACACCCGUCCUCUACAUUCCCUGAGGAAGAGGAGGAGGAGGAAGCCUGCUGCCCACGCUGCCUGGAGCUGGAGCAGGAGGUGCUGUGCCUGCAGCAGGAGAACGAGGAGAUGCGCAGCAAGCUGGACAGCAUGCCAGUACCGUGCCAGAACGUUCUGGAUUUCUUCAAGGCAGUCCUGCAGCACCACAAUCAGUUCGUGCAGCCACCGCUGGAAGAGCAGCUGACAGAGGGCAGUAAGCAGCUCCUGGGAAACUACCCGGUCUUCAUCACCAACAAGCAGUGGGACGAGGCCGUCAACUCCUCCAAGAAGGACGGACGGCGGCUGCUGCGCUACCUGAUCCGCUUCGUCUUCACCACCGACGAGCUGAAGUACUCGUGCGGCCUGGGCAAGCGCAAGCGCUCGGUGCAGACGGGUGAGGCCGGGCCUGAGAGGCGGCCGCUCAACCCCGUCAAGGUCACGUGUCUCCGAGAGUUCAUCCGCAUGCACUGCGCCUCCAAUCCCGACUGGUGGAUGCCGUCUGAGGAGCAGAUCAACAAGGUGUUCAGCGACGCGGUGGGCCACGCACGGCAGGGCCGGGCUGUGGGCACCUUCCUGGGUGGGGGCAGCGGUGGUGGGUCACUCGGCCCCGAGGUAUUCGACGGUCACCUGUCCCAGGAUGAGGUCUUCUUCAAAGGGUCCCAGGACGGCUCAGGGGACUGAGUGGGACGUCAGGGGCGGGUGGGACGCCUUCAUAACCUGGCCAGUCUGGCCACUCUGGGAAACCAGUUAACAUUCCAGAGAGCAAACAGGCUCUCCCAAACAGGUACAUGAGCUGAGUGUCUUUGUUUCUGAGUUUUUUCAUUCCCAGAAUUCAUACUAAGAUGAGGAUAUCCCUGGCUGGUUUGAGUUGAUGGUUUAUAUGCUGGUGCUAUGUUUGACUACAGCAAGACAAUAGUGCUGGUAUGUUUUUUAUCCAAGGGAUGGAGGUUUUCUGUGUAACUGAAGCUAUCUUUCUAUCUUAGUAAGAAAGGUGUUACGAUUGAGUUGACAUGGAUGGGUUACUGAUUGUCACGAUCAUGAUAUGGAGUGUGUGAGGAUAAACACUGAGAUUCAUAGUGACCACUAUCGUGGUCCAGCUUGAGAAAAGUUGACGUGAUUCUCAGCCAGACAGGGCUUCAUAACAGCCCCCAUGUCCACAGUAAAUGUAGGAAAGCGUUUCGGAGGGUGCUGAUGUCAUUCUUCUCAGACUGAAUGGUCUUCAAAGGCUCCACUUUCGUCUAUCCAUGACUCCGCCUACAUUGCCCAUAGUGCCUCAUAACAGGUUCGUCAUGCCAACUCCCAAGAUUCCGAACUGAAAUUCCUGGGGAAACAUUUCCAAAUCCUGUCUUUUGUGUCUCCACUGUCUCCAGUGCACUGUGGAGCCCAGAUCCAGGUUUGUUACGGACAUCAAUUUCCCAGGCAUCCAGCUUCUCAGAUUCCAUGUUUCCUGUGGUCUUGAACGGUCUCUCGCCUUAAGUUCGGAACCACACCUCAGUUGGCUCCCCAGCAUCAGGUAUAUUUCACUGCCAUCCAACAUGCGGUCUACGAUUUUAUCUAUUUCGUAAUAAUUAAACAGGGAUGUUUCGAAGCAGCCGCACUGGCUGGGGCCUCCAUAGAACAUGCAGAUGUUGUACCCUCACUUAGAGGUGUUCUUGUUCCUAAAUGUUACAGAUGUUUAGGGACUCAUGUCCAUAUAGGAACACUGUUGCCAGUGUUUGUCCACUUGAACUGGGUCUCCUGCAGGAAACCAUCUGCUAGCAGCAAUUGCCGCUGUCCUCCAUCAACACUUCUCUGGCUUUACUUCCUGAGCCCAUGCUUCCUGUCUCAGCGUUGCCACGGCACUUGUCUGUAAGUGGCUCUGGGCCAAGGACAAUGUUCCAAGGCCCACCGGGACCUUUUCUGGAGUCUUGUUCAGUGUUUGAGGACAGGGUCCUGCUUCAUGUGAAAUGCUGAGUUACAGCUGCUCCGACCUCAUGUAGUCUUCUCAUAGGCCAAAUUCCGAGCGGAACCU